CAAAAAUAAUGACUAUGAUUGUGGGCUAGGAUUCUGACGAAAGAUCACAUUUGUAGACUAUAGUUGUCGUAAAAAACGACUGUAAUUCACAAAUGACGCAAAUGGAAACAGCCUUUGGAAUUGUCCAACUAUUCUUGGGAGGGUCAUCGUCAGCAGCGGUGGCUGAACGGAAGGAGCAGGAGGAAUGGGUUGGGCCCCAGCCACCCGGCCACGGAUGUCCGACGACGACGACGGCAAUUUCAAACCAACCAAUAAAUAUAAUCAACUCAUCAUCAGCAAGGAGCAGCUAUAAAUGUAACAACAAAUUAGCUAGUGGUGGGGCACCUUCUAAAAAGCCUAGAGUACAACAAGGUGCAACAGUAGCAGGAGCAGCUUCUUCAUCAGCAGCUUCUCAAUCUAUCAGCUUCAAGGUGAGAAAGGAAAAACUAGGGGAUAGAAUUACUGCUCUUCACCAACUCGUUUCCCCAUUUGGGAAGACUGACACAGCUUCAGUGUUGUUAGAAACUAUUGGAUACGUUAGGUUUCUUCAAAGCCAGAUUGAGGCCCUUAGCUUGCCUUACUUGGCCACUGCAACACCUGAAAGCCACCAACAAUCUAUGGUAUUGUCGAGUGAAGAAUCAAAGAAAGACCUGAAGAGCAAAGGGUUGUGCCUUGUUCCAAUAUCUUCAAUGUUACACGUGGGCGUGGACGACAACGGUGAGGAUUACUGGGCUGCAGCCACCAUUGGUGGCGUUUUCCGGUGACCAAAAAACAGAUAUGGAGUACUCCUUAAUUAAUCAAAGUAAUCGUCCCCGAGGACAAUAUGUAGUAUAAAUGUACUUAUAGUAG